UUUUUGUUAUCUUUUUUUCCACAUCUGUCAUCUGUUCUGUUGGUUGAGCGGAAGAAAAAAGGAAUUUAUUUCAAUCAUUACAUUAUUAGUUCGCGCCUGUAUCUAACUUAAAUCGUUUUAGUGCAAAUACACGCGAAUAUUAAUCCAUUUAAAUAUUUCGUUUUUGUAUCUACGAAUGUAUAUUAUUGUGUCUACAAGUACAUCAGAUUCUAAGCAACAACAAUGUUUAUUUUCCUAAAAUUUCAAACGGACUAUCGUAAUCAUUAAUCAUGCUCAAUUAUUAAUUGUUUUUCAAAUAUUUCUCAAAUUUUCUCUUCUGUUAUUUAUUUCUACAACUUUAUCAUGUAACGUAAUAAUAAUGAUGAAAUAGUAUCCACCGAAAUAUGAUCCUUUCAUAUUCAAUGUAUCUUCAUUGCAACCAGAACGUAAAUUAAAUCGUUAAUGAUUAAUUGUAUCGGCAUUUGGAACUUUUCUGACGGAUGAUAAGAUGAUUCCUUUGCCGAAUAAUUCUGAUCUGGGGUGUUAUCAUGUUACAAAACACUCUUGGAAAGGAAAGUAUAGCCGAAUUUUCAGCAUCGGAUCUCACGGAAUUACGACUUACAACUGCAGUACAUUGGAAAUAACAAACAGAUGGCUUUACGAGGAUAUUGUUAGCGUAAUAGCACAACCACAACAACAUGAAUUCAUUAUUACGAUUAAAAAAGGCAAAGAUAAGAAACCAGAUACCAUGCGAUUCUCGAGCGUACAUCGGUCGCAUAUUCUAUCCGAUGCUUUGAAACAUAGGCAUCUAUUUGCUGGAAAGAAGAUAGAAUUGAACAGAUACGAAGCUUUCAAGCAUCAUUGGUCAGACACAAAAUUACCGGUCAUGUUAGAAGUUACCCCGUUUUCAUUGGAUCAGUUAGAUAUAACAACCGCUCAAGUAUUAGCCUCGUAUUGUUAUAAAGAUAUUAAAGCUAUACAAGAUGUAUCUGAUAUACCGGAUGGUUUUGUUAUCAUAAUUGCACCGGAUGAUCGUCUACACUUAUUUUCAUGUAGGAAUAAGAGGGAAAUAUUUACCAGAGUUAAAGAGCUUGCAAUUGCUUACCUAGCAUUACCGGUGGUGUUUUCUCAGCAGUCAAUUACGUACGAUGAAUUUGUCGCUCAACGUUUCGGCCAGUUUAGCGCUGAUGAACAUAUUACCACUGUAUCUGAGUUCACAGUUAAUAAAGUUAAAACUUUAAGACAUACGGACAUCCAAAGAAGAUUACUAUGUAUUAGCGAAACUUGUAUAAUUGAACGUGAUCCUCAAACUUACACUAUAGUAACGUUAAGACCAUUAUCAUCAGUUUUCGCUCUGAUCAGAGAUGCCACUGAUUCGCAGUUAUUUUCCAUCGAGUAUUGCAAUGGCUAUAUUCGAAGUUACGCAGCGCCUCAGAGGGAUUCUUUGCUGGCUACCCUGUUGGAUGGAGUACGAUCAACUGGUAAUCAUAACGUGCAUGUGAAAAUGAAUCCUACUCCUAGAGGUAAACGAUUGAUACCGUUUAACGCGUUACCUGAAGAAGAGUUGGAAUUAACGCAUCUAAAAUUUCUAUCGCAGCCACCCGCUAGAAAACAGUAUUCAGAGAUUAUUGAAAGGUUUAAUGCGAAUGUACCCUACAGUGGAUUACUUCACUCUGUCACGCAGGAUGGCAUAUUUUCUGAAAACAAAGAAAAACUGAUUAUAAUGGCUCUGCAAGCGUUAAUGCUGCGUGAAGGUGACCAAAAUGAAAUCUCUUUUCCAGAAUUAGAAGCUCAGUUUCAAGCUCUCAGACGACUUGUAGCUUCAAAAGUGGGAUUUGCUGCUUUGACAAUGUUAACAGAUUUUCGAGAAAAGUUGGGCAGAAAAGUAACAAGAGCGUUGAAACGUGAAAAUGAAGCUAUUACGCAUGCCGCCAUCGAUAUGAUCUGCGCUCUGAUGCAGCCCAUGCAUCAAGACUACGACCUGCAUCGUGAGCAAUUAAAUAAAUCUUCGUUAUUAUCGACGCAAGCUUUUUUGAAAGCUUUGUUAGAUAUGUGGGUUGCACACAUUAAAAGAAAUACGGGAGCGCUAGUCGUCGCUGCCAUGCUGGACAUGCUGACAUUCGCCUUGUGCAUUCCCUAUAGCGAAACCACCGAAGGGAAACAUUUUGACGCUCUUUUAGAAAUGGUAGCAGAACGGGGACGCUCUUUAUUUCAACUUUUUCAGCAUUCGUCCUUGACGAUUGUCAAAGGAGCCGGAUUAGUAAUGCGAGCGAUCAUCGAAGAAGGAGAGCCUGGUGUUGCAAAACGAAUGCAAGAAUUAGCACUUUCAGAAGGAGCCUUAUUAACGCAUUUGUUGUAUUCGCUGUUUACCAGAGACGACGAUAAACGGUUACUAGCUCAUAGACAAUUGUCGAGGCAUUUGGUCGGUUUAUGGGUGACGAACAAUGAUACAGCUAUGGAUCUUCUAACACGUAUACUUCCGUGCGGUUUAUUGAACUUCUUGGAGAGUGACGAAGCUGUCCCUGAAGAUUACAACGGCGAUCAUUUGAUUACGCGCGAUAAUUUGAAAUUAGCCCAAGAUCACGCUGCUCGUAAUCAAAGGAAUCCGCAUUUGGUUGCUAUCGAAAGGAAAUGGCGUACAUUCGAAAAAGAAGUUGAGUACGUAUUGUCUCAUUGGGGUACGUCUCUUGGUCUAGAGAGACGAGAAAAAGAGGAGAAAAUCAAAGAUCGACCGAUCGUGUUGCGUAAACGUAGAGAACGCGUGAAAAGUGCCUCGAAUUGGCGCCUGUUUUAUUACAAAUUCAAUCUGAAUCAUAUCUUGCCUAGUUUAAUUUGGAAUCAUAAGACCCGCGAAGAACUGAAGGAAUCGUUAGAAAAAGAAUUACGUACUUUUGCUGUCGAUAGAGAAGUUUCAACCAAUACGUUAAUAUCGUGGAAUCACGCUGAAUUCGAAAUUCAAUACAAUUGUUUACAAGAUGAAGUAUGCAUUGAUGGCUACUACCUGAGGCUGUUAUUGGAAAAUAAUUGCGAUUCUUUGAUUAAAAAUCCGUUCAACUUUUUCAAUGACCUGUAUCAUCGAUUUUUGUUAGCUAAUAAAGUCGAAUUGAAAUGUUUAUGUUUGCAAGCCAUGACUGUAGUGUAUUCUCAAUAUUACGAACAAAUUGGACCAUUUUCUGACACAAAAUACAUUGUCAGUAUGUUGGAAAAAUGUACCGAUCGAAUGGAACGAGAUCGCUUGAUAUUGUUUCUGAAUAAAUUAAUCCUAAACAAAGAAAAUGCCAAGGCUGUUAUCGAUGCCAAAGGCGUUCAAACGCUUGUGGAUUUAUUAACAUUGGCACAUAUGCAUACAUCUCGGGCAGUAAUGCCAGCUCAAAGUAACGUCAUAGAAGCUGGAAACGAUAUGAUGCGUGAUAAUGAAAAGGAAUGGUAUUACGGUUCCGGUGAAGAGCGUAAAGGACCGGUUACAUUCACUGAACUGCAAGAAUUGUAUAAAACAAACGCCUUACAUCCUAGAAGUAAAUGCUGGGCGCAGGGGAUGGAUGGCUGGAGAUUAUUGCAACAAGUAUCUCAACUAAAAUGGACGCUGUUUGCCAAAGGAACUGCUAUUUUGAACGAAAGUGAAUUAGCAUCUAUGUUACUAUCGAUUCUUAUCCGCAUGUGUCAAUUUUUCCCUAGCAGAGACGGAGACGGCGCAGUGAUAUGGCCUAUUCCAAAAAUUAAACGUAUAUUAUCGGAUCCGCAAUGUAUGCCCCAUGUUGUCCAGUUGUUGCUUACUUUUGAUCCGAUUUUGGUGGAAAAAGUAGCCAGUUUACUAUGCGAAGUUUCGGCAGAUAAUCCAACUGCGGCAAAAUUCUACCUCACUGGCGUAUUUUUCUUCAUUUUAAUGUACACGGGAUCUAAUGUUUUACCGGUUGCUCGAUUUUUGAGGAUGACUCAUAUCAAACAAGCAUUCCGUUCUGAAAAUGUACAGUCAUGCGAGCUGAUGCAGCGGAGCAUAUUGGGUCCUUUGCUACCUGACGCGAUGGUGUACUAUUUAGAAAAUCAUGGUCCCGAAAAAUUCGCUCAGAUAUUCUUGGGCGAAUUUGAUACCCCGGAAGCGAUUUGGAAUGCGGAAAUGAGACGAUUGCUCAUCGAAAAAAUAGCCUAUCACAUAUCCGAUUUCACUCCACGACUCCGAGGGAAUAAUAAAGCUUUGUAUCAAUAUUGUGGAAUACCAACCAUUCGAUAUCCUCAAUUACAAGCUGAAUUGUUUUGUAAUAUUUAUUAUCUGCGACAUCUAUGCGAUGUAACCAGAUUCCCCGAUUGGCCUAUUACAGAACCGGUAAAAUUAUUACGAGAUGUGUUGGAAGCAUGGCGAGAAGAGGUAGAGAAAAAACCUCCAACUAUGUCCGUUGAUGAUGCUUAUGAAGCAUUAGGGUUAGCUCGUGGCCAGUGUCACGAAGAACAUAUUAUUAGAAAGGCGUAUUAUAAAUUAGCUCAGAUUUAUCAUCCCGAUAAAAAUCCCAAAGGAAAGGAUAAAUUCAUGGUAGCCAACAACGCUUACGAUUUUCUUUGCAGUCGGUGUUCUUGGGUUGUUGAUGGACCUAAUCCUAAUAACAUCGUUCUGAUUCUGAAAACCCAAAGUAUCCUGUUUCAUCGUUAUUCCGCCGAAUUGCAGCCUUAUAAGUACGCUGGGUAUAAGCAGUUGAUAAAAACGAUACGAUUAGAAACUUCAGACGAACAGUUAUUCUCUAAAUCAGCGAUGUUGUUGACUGCUGCGACGGAAUUAGCCUAUCACACUGUGAAAUGCUCUGCUCUAAAUGCCGAAGAAUUGAAUCGCGAAUACGGAUUUAUUAGUUUAAUGGAAGCGUAUUCAAGAUGCGUUUCAGUGCUGAGCAGAUCAUCAAAAGUAACAGACAUGGCUGUCAUGGUAUGUUCUCAUUGUACGAGAUGUUUUAGCGUUGCUGCUCAAUUUUCUGCUUGCCGAGAAACAUUUGUGUCGAUGCCACAAUUGAUACCCGAUCUCGUGAGAAUAUUACGCUUUAGAAAUUUAACAAAGUUAUGCUGCGACGUCGUUGAGUGUAUAAUUUCCUUCUCGAGAGAAGGAAUCCUCCAGCAAAGACUAAUUGAAGAAGGAUGUAUUUGGUAUCUACUAAGUUUCUUGUUUAAAUACGACUAUACGCUAGAAGAAUGCGGAGUAGAGCGCUCAGAAGAUGCUAACACUCAAGAAGUGCUAAAUAAGUUGGCCAAAUUGUCCGUGAAUGCUUGCGCGGCAUUAGGUGGUUAUUUGGAUAAAGAAAUUACCACGCCUGUGAAUGAAAUCGCUCAAAAAAUAUUCAAUCAACUGCUUACUCCUUAUAUGUCCAAUUUAUUGGGAAACGACGACCCUCAUCAACUAUUGAAAAUAUUAACUAGUAAUUGCGAAACCCCGUAUCUUAUUUGGAAUAAUAGUACUCGAGCGGAACUGAAUGAUUUCCUGGAUCAUAAGCGCAAAGAGCAACGUAAUUUGAAAGCUGAAAAUCUGCAAAAUAUCGAAAUUAAUUUCUCUUCUCAUACGAACGAACUAAUUAUUGGAAACGUAUUCAUUAGAAUUUAUAAUUCUCAGCCAGGUUUCGUCAUUGAGAAUCCGAAAGGAUUUUUGCAUGACCUUAUGGAAUUUAUCAAAAACAACUGUCCUAAACAAGGAGAUGAUAUUGAUAAAAUUAAACGUACAACGAUGGCUUUACACGCUUUAAAUAAUCUAAUAUCUAACACCCCUGGCUUGGAGAUAUUAUGUAUUGGAUAUUUCCAAUUGCUGUUCUCUUUAUUAAAUUGUAAAGAAUUCCAAGCAAUUCAAGAAGGAGCUCUGCACGUAAUCGCCACAGCAACACGUAAUCAAGAAUGUGUUAAUGAUAUCGCAGCCAUCGGUGUUGUGGUCUAUUUGUUACUAGCGUUGUAUUCCCUACCUAGCGAGCAACCCUUGGUUUUAACUACUUUAAGCGCUCUUUCUACGUCUUCUACAAUCGUAAAAGACGUAUUAAGUAAAGGAGGUUAUAUUUAUUUAUUAGAUUUAUUGUGCAAUUCGUCGAAUUGGGACGUGAGAACCAGAACUACAGAAUUAUUUAGUCGAUUACUAAGCGAUAAAUUAUCGGGACCUCGAGUAAAACUCUCCCUCAAUAAUUUUUUACCGCAUUCUAUUUGUGAAACGUUGAAAGAUUCGCCUGCUGCUGUCUUGUCUCUGUUAGAUAGUAGUCAAGAGAAUCCCGAAUUGGUGUGGAACGAUAAAAUUAAAAAGAAAAUUUGUAACAUGAUACGUAAAUACGCCAAAAGAUUGUAUGAAAUGCAACAAAGUGACCCUCAAACUUCAUUCAAGCCACCGGAUGAGGGCGUAUUACCUGAAACAAACGAGGUGGUUAUCGGUGGUGUGUAUUUGAGAUUAUUCAACCAAAAUCCUGGCUGGAAUGUUAGAAGACCAAAAGAAUUCCUUAAUGAAUUACUGGAUGCGUGUAUUAAUAUGAUGGCCAAAGAUCAGAAAUCAUUUCAGCACGAUAAACUGGAAUUAUUCACAACUUCGGUAAUUCGGUUACUAGAGUCACAGCCCAAUCUGAGCGAUCAUGUACCAUCACUGGGAUACAUUCCAAAAUUAUGUUUACAAUUAUCGUCGCACUCCAACUGUAAUAUUCCACUUUCAGCUAUCACAAUAUUACAUCAGCUCUCUCUCAGCGAAGUUUGUGUCAACAGUAUAUCUCAAACCGAAUGUUUAGGGCCAAUGAAAGAAGCUAUGAGACAAUAUAGCGAUAUCGUAGGUAUUGCUUCGGAAACACUGAGUCGUAUUUUUGUUGGGAAAAAAGAUAAUUUAGUUAAACAGGCAUUGGAUUGUGAAUUAAUACCAUUCUUAUUGCAAUUACUUGACGGAAGGCUUGAUGGAGUAGAAAAUAGUGCCCGAGUCAGAGCUCAUAUAGUUAAAACGUUGAAAAAUAUGUCCUACAGUAUAACUUACGGAAAUUCAGUGAUUAGUAUUCUGGAUAAAUCGCCGAUCUGGUCAACUUAUCGUGAACAAAAGCACGAUCUCUUCAUUACGAAUAGUAACGCGUUACCAUAUCUCACAGGCGGAUUACCAACAAACGGUGGUUAUCUCACGCAAGGAAACGCUUCGGUAAUACCUAGUGGCCCUCCUCCGUUAAACGAUGAUGAAUAAAUUUUUUGCUUGUUUUUUAGAUUUUUGUGAUAUUAUAUACUUGAUAUUUUUGUAUUAACGUACUAUUAUUAUUAAUUAUCAUUAUCAUUAUGCGUUGUAUCGAGUUUCAUGUUCUUUUUGUAUUGUCUGAUAUAAACUAAUAAAUGUAAAAAUUUGUAAUUUCGCUAUGUUGAAUGAAUAAAAAAUUUUAUAUUUUUAAUAA